AUGGAAGGUUACGGUGAUGAUGAUACGGAUAUGGAAAAUUAUAUUGAUGACGAUGCGGAUAUGGAAGGUUACGGUGAUGAUGAUACGGAUAUGGAAGGUUACGGUGAUGAUGAUACGGAUAUGGAAAAUUAUAUUGAUGACGAUGCGGAUAUGGAAGGUUACGGUGAUGAUGAUACGGAUAUGGAAGGUUGCGGUGAUGAUGAUAUGGAUAUGGAAGGCUACGGUGAUGAUGAUACGGAUAUGGAAAAUUAUAUUGAUGACCAUAUGGUCAUGGAAGGAUAUAGAAGAUGA